CAUUGCUUUACGGUGGUGUAUUUAUGUAUCCUGCUGAUAAGAAAAGCCCAAAUGGAAAGUUGUGGUAUGUCACAUUUGAAAGUUGCAUGUUUUCCAUCAGAAAAUCACACCAGGACGAGAGUAUAUACUAUAUAACCUAAGGGCAUAGUGUUGUGGCUUACUAAAGUUAACUUCUUUAACAGUGUCCUUUAUGAGGUCUUUCCAAUGUCAUUCCUGAUGGAGCAAUCAGGAGGCCAAGCUUUCACAGGGAAGCAACGAGCACUUGAACUGGUUCCGAAGAAGAUACAUGAGCGGUCUUCCAUAUUUCUUGGAAGCUAUGAUGACAUUGAGGAAAUUAAAUCUCUUUAUGCUGCUGCUCAAGAGCAAGAUGCAUAA